AUAUAAACAGAUGUCUUCAGAUGGAAUUGGUGGUGAUUCUAGUAAGCGGAUUUCAGUUUCUGAAAAUGUUGAGGUUACGGAUCGUCGUCUUGUUUGUUUUGAGAUGGGUGCAACAGGUCUCAAUGUUGAUUCUAAUAUUCAACUUGUUGAAGAUGACCCAAUUCCCGUUGAAGAAACUCCUCUUGUUGACAAGAAGAAAUCUAAGAAACCCAUAGCGUUGACGUCUCCGUUUAUGGAGUAUGACUCUUCCAUUUCUAGUUCUAAAGAUGGUUCUGGUUAUGGAGUUGUUAAGUAUGUGGCUGGUUUGUGUUCUCUUGAUGAUAAGAUUGGUGAAGAUGUAGAACAUAAAGACGAGAAUGAUUUUGACUUGUGGCUUGGUGAAGGACGGCGAUCAAAGAAAGAUCCCCAUGACAAGGACAAAGUUUACUUGAAGGGUAAGGAUAAGAUUGUUCCCCCUUUUCGUUUUGGCGUGGAAGAUGUUGCAACCAAGAUGUGGUUCCACAAGCUUGCAUAUCCUGGCCAAUGUUUAACUAAUUCUCAUUUGGAUAUUAUUUUUUACUAUCUACGUAAAAAGGGAAAGUAUGCAAAGGAGCCAAAGGUUAAGUUCACAACCACCAAUUGCUUAUUCUUCAAAACCAUUCAUGCUUUGUAUGAAAAAUUUGUUGCACAGAAAAAAGAUCUUUCUUUGAUAACUGCCCAGCAUGCCAUUGCUGAUUAUAUCAGAGGUAGAAAAAUGUUAUGUGGUUCCCCUUGGCAUUUGUGCGAUCAUGUUUUGUUUAUCAUCCAUAUGGAGACUGAAUCACAUUGGAUUCUUGGUCGCUUGAAUAUUGAGGAAAGGCGUAUGUACAUGUACAACUCCUUGUCGACUGCUAUGAAAGAUAGUGCCGCUAUCAAAGCUUGUCAGCCAUUUGCGAUGUUGUUGCCCCACUUUUUUGCUUUGUUCGAUGAGUUCAAAAAGGAAAACAAACCGGUUUGUUUAGAGCCUUUCAAAGUUGUUAAGGUUGAUGGUUUGCCUCAACAAACCUCGAAGUAAGUUGUUUUUAGUUUUUAUUUUCAAGUGUUGUUUUAUUUGUUUUUGUUAUUUUCCUUUUUUUCAGUUUUUCUGAUGUUGUUUUUGGUUGUUUUCCAGUGAUUGUGGUUGUUUCGUGGCAUCAUUUGCCGAAUACUUCAUUGAUAUGAAACUGAUUCCUCCCAUAUUUGAUGUUGAGAAACACCGUGAUAGGCUUGUUGUGUUGUUCUAUAAGUAUGCUCGCAUGAAAGAAGAUGAGGCUCCUCCAAAGGGUCCAAAGAAGAAUUUGUUUUAGUUAUCUAUUUGUUGUUUUUGGAAAUAGUACUUUUUUAUUUAGCUUUUGUUUUUUCUAUUACCAGAUUAUGUUCAUAAUCAUAGACAAGUUGUUGUUUCUAUCAUGUGUUUUUUUUUUUAUUGAAAUUGGUUUUUUAUUUGUUACUA